CUCGAGAGCGCUCUAUGGUCUCCGUAUGCAGCAUAGGUCGGACCGAAUUGAAUCGGGCCGACUCGGUUCAUCGAAUGCACAUGUCGAAGGAAGACUUUAAAUCAACCAUCCACCAUCCACCCCAGGUUUCCAGUAGAAACAAGCACAAUGCUCAUAAACCACUUCUUCCCAUCCAACGAGUGCUUCAGCUACGAAGUGCUGCGCGCCGCCGGGUACGCAAACUACGGUGGCGCCGAUCUCGGCGAAAUCAUCGCCAUCACGUCCCGAAUCCGCGCUGGGAACGAGGACGACUGGAUACGCGAAUGGAAACGCGCAGCAGAACGAGCAGUCGCCAAUGCAGAAAUAUCAGAGUCAGCGGGGAAUAGAGUCAGUGCUCACGAGGCGUAUCUGCGCGCAUCGAACUACUACCGCACGGCGGAGUUCUUUCGCAGAGAGAAUGUCGACGAGGAUGAGAUUGCACGUCUGAUGUAUGAGCGGUCGGAAAAUGCAUUCGACAAGGCUAUGAAAUUGUCUGCGUAUGAGUACCAGUCGAUUCGGAUUCCUUACGAAGGCACGACGCUCCCUGGGUAUUUCGUCGCCCUUGAUAAUUCAAAGAAACCGCGACGAACUGUCAUUUUCAACGGUGGAUAUGACUCGACCAUGAGCGAAGCAUGGUUUGCCAUUGGAGCGGCAGCCCUGUUACGGGGUUAUAACUUUCUGGCCUUUGAUGGUCCAGGGCAGGGUGCUGCAGUCAGAUUCGAGCGCCUGUUCUUCCGUCCGGACUGGGAGAAGGUAUUGACACCGGUCAUCGACUACGCCUUGAGCCGGCAGGAUGUUGAUGGCAAAGCCAUCGUUGUCUUUGGAUGGAGUAUGGGCGGGUACCUGGUUGCUCGCGGUGCCACUGAAGAGCAUCGCAUCCAAGCCCUGAUCCUGGACGACGGGGUAUACGACUUUGGAGCUGCGUUUCGAGCCAACCAGCCAUGGUUCGUGCAGAGGCUGGUCGAGAACAAAUACGACUUGAUAAGCAAUUUCAUUUUUGGAUGUGUGCAGUCUCUAUCCACUGGUCUGCGCUGGGGGCUGCGUAAUGGGCAGUGGACGUUUGGCAUCUCAUCUGCGGCGGAUUUGAUGCGUGCAGUCAACGAGUAUACUUUAGAAGGGAGAAGCCAACAGAUUACAGCCCCAUGUUUGAUUCUUGAUGCGGAAAAUGAUCAUUUCUUAAAAGGACAGCCCGACUUGUUGCGCGAGCACCUCUCCUGUGAACACGAAUUCGUCAGCUUGAGAAAGGAUGAGGGUGGUGACACGCAUUGCCAUCAGGGCACCUUCUUCAGGCUCCAUCAGGUUGUUUUUGACUUUCUAGAAAAGCGCUUGGGAGACGGAAAGGGAUAUGUUAGUUGAGCUGUUGGAUGUCAGCGUUCCACCUCAGGGCCUAGUUCUCUUGAUUGAUAAUAGAUUGUUCAAAUCAACCGCUUAGUACUCACCAAAAAAGCCUUUAUACAUGGGCUUGGUAAUGAAAAUAAUGGACAAUACUGGC